CAAGCAAGAGUUCCGCCACCUUGAGAAGAUUUCUGACAACGAUGAGGUCAUUCGCCUUGCUCACCCUCCUGCUGGUGCUUGAGGCUGAGUGUUCUCCACACAAGUGCACCAAAGACUGCGAGCUGGACCUAAAGCUUGUGUGCGGGACGGAUGGUCAGACUUACACCAACGCCUGCAUAUUGGAGUCCUCCUCCUGUCUCAAUCCUGACAAGAACCUGAAGGUGGAUUAUGAAGGAAAAUGUCGUGACAACGAUUGCCUAUUAGGUUGCAGCUUUCACCUAGACCCAGUGUGUGGGACAGACGGAAAUAGCUACCCAAACUCUUGCGUUCUGGAAGCCACGGCCUGUUUGAAACCCCAACUAAACCUAAAGAUUGCAAAGAAGGGUCUUUGUAAGUCCUCGUGAAGGUCAGAGUGACUUUGUUAUUGAGUGCACCAAAGUUCUCGUGAGAGUGGGAUUCUUAUUGAGUGCAUUGUUACAUAUUGUCAGAAGUAUGAUUGCUCUCUGUUAUCUAUUCCAUACAUCAAAUGAACCGUCUGGUAUUGAGCUAAGGCACUAAGAAAACAGCAACAUAAUGAUAGGAGAAGAUAGAUGAGUAUACUGGAUGAAGUAAUUAAGCCGCAAAGAGAGUCCAGACCCAAUAGAAAAUGAGAAGAUUUGUGAGGAACUAAAUUAAUGCUCCAAAAAUAUUAAUGGUUGGAACGACGGGUUCGAGAGAAAGCGAUAACGACACUGCUGAACGAGAGGCUGAAUGACAUCGAAAUGACAAGGAAAAUAAAGAAGCAUCUUUAAUAUAUCUGAGUCUGACAAUGGCAUAAAACCCGAAAAGAGGGACAAAUUUCGCCAGGGGUAACUGAAUGAAACCCAGACCUCAAGAUGAGCAUAAAACACGUCUUCAUUUCAGUUGGAUGCGAGAGUGGGGAACUACCUGACAGAUAAAAGACGGCAACAGUGGUACUCGUAGAGAAGAGUGCAGUCAAGAUGUAGUGACUUACGGGCGAGUCACUGAUAAUCACGCCCCUGCAGGAUAUACUUCAUAUACUAUACUGCAGGAUAUACUUCAUAUACUAUACUGCAGGAUAUAUACUGUAGGAUAUACUAUAUAUUCAGGAGGUUAAACAAACAUCUUAAGAGAAAUUUAAUUUCCACGUUAGCACGAGUGUAGAGAAGAUAUAGCUUAUACGAUUAUCAUUCUAUUAUGCAGGAGGUACUGCACGUCUAUGGGUCAUCCAAUAAGGUUAGCAGACUUCAAGAUGUUACCACUGCUAGGCUUAGGCUCGGCUACAAGUACCUCUGGGAAUUUGAAACAUC